AUGGCUGAACAAGAUAUUAUUAUUCAUCCUGAGGAGGAUAUUGUUGAUCCCUGGACUGUUAAGAGUUCCUCGGACAAGGGAGUUGAUUACAAUAAGUUAAUAGAAAAAUUUGGUAGUAUGAAAAUUGAUGAAGAGUUGAUAAAGAGAAUGGAGAGAGUAACAGGAAAACCUGUUCACCAUUUCAUCAGAAGAGGAAUAUUUUUUUCUCAUAGAGAAAUGCACCAUAUAUUGGAUCUGUAUGAAAAGAAACAACCAUUUUAUCUGUAUACUGGAAGAGGACCAUCAUCCGAUGCCAUGCAUCUUGGACAUUUAGUGCCAUUUAUAUGUACCAGAUGGUUACAGGAAACUUUUGAUGUACCUUUGGUUAUACAGUUGACUGAUGACGAGAAAUUUUUGUGGAAAGAUCUUACAGCUGAAGAGACUCAUAAAUUAGCUUAUGAAAAUGCUAAAGAUAUCAUUGCCUGUGGAUUUGAUCUUGAUAAAACUUUUAUAUUUAGUGACUUUGAUUAUGUUGGUGGCUGUACAGAUUUCUAUAAAAAUAUUUGUCGUAUUCAGAAAUUAGUCACCUUUAAUCAAGUGAAGGGUAUAUUUGGUUUUGAUGACAGUACAUGUAUUGGUAAAGUGGGUUUCCCUGCCAUUCAAGCUGCACCUAGUUUCAGUUCUUCUUUCCCACUGAUAUUUGGUGGCCAUACAAAAGUUCCAUGUCUGAUUCCUUGUGCCAUUGAUCAGGAUCCAUAUUUCCGAAUGACCAGAGAUGUAGCACCAAGACUACAGUUCCUGAAACCAGCAUUACUGCAUUCAGUGUUUUUCCCGGCGUUACAAGGCGCCCAAAGUAAAAUGAGUUCCAGUGAACCUACAUCUUCUAUAUUUUUAACAGAUUCACAGAAAGAUAUAAAAGAUAAGAUUAAUAAAUACGCCUAUUCUGGUGGCCAGGCUACAGUAGAAGAACAUAAAGAAAAGGGAGGUGACUGUGAAGUUGAUGUAUCCUAUCAAUAUUUACGCUUCUUCAUGGAUGAUGAUGCUAAACUGGAACAAUUGAGAAAGGAUUAUACAAGUGGAGAACUACUGACUGGACAUCUAAAGAAAGAGCUGAUAACAGUUUUACAGAAAUUAGUAGGUGAACAUCAAGAAAGGAAAGCUAAAAUCACUGAUGCAGACGUGAAAAAAUUCAUGACACCACGAAAAUUAAAUUACAAAUAUUAA